AUGAGUGUGAGUCAGUUGAAAAUUCAAACACUUACACUUAACGAUUCAGAGCCUUCUCUACCAGGGAAGCCAAUAACGCCAAGUAAGGAACAGAUCAGAGAUGACGUUGUGUUGCUAUGGAAAGAAGAACCAGCUGCCGAGGAUCUUGAUCUUCCUCACUUGUAUGAUAAGAUGAAAAUCAGAAAUACGGACUGGCAAUUCGACAUCAAUACUCUGGAGGAUGUCCUUGUAUCGAAUAAUUUGUACUCGGUAGAUGACUCGCAGAUGGACUCAUACAAUGACAAGAUUGAAUUUCCUGACAUAUCUGAAGUGAUGCAUCUGGUCAAUGACAAACUUCCAAGUAAAGUUGAAAUAAGGGAAUGUGAAGAGCUCAGAAAGGGAAGAGGUUUGUACGCAACUAGAGAUAUUCAGCAAGGUGAACUUUUGUUUCAUGAAAAGGUCCCCAUUGCUAUGGUACCUCCAAUGGACAAAUUGAAACUUAUUCGUAGUGGAAAGUCAUGUUCAAUGUGUGGUGUUUCUUUGAGUAACAGCUCGCAUUUUACCAUGCUACAUGGGUUGGACUGUAAUGGAUGUAAUUCGAUAUGGUGUAGCACAAAUUGCAAACAGAAGGAUAUCACACAUCCAUAUCUAAAGCAUUUUGGAUCAAAAAAUAAAAACAUAAGACCAAUGGAUUGGAAUAUGUUUGAAAGGCAUUGCCAGGAAAAUAUUUUUGUUGCGGCAUACUCUAUUGGUGUGAUUCACGCCGCAUCUCUUAUAGAUAAAGCACAAUCUGAUGAGAUUAACCAACAAUUUGAAGCGUUGGCAAAAAUCUCACAGCGUGUAAGAUAUGAAUCAAGUGAUUCAAAUAAUAUUGGUGGGACAUUUGAUGCAGAAAUAGGGUCCCUAAAGGAAGAGAAUCCUGAACCGCUUUGGAAAAAAGCAUUUGACUUAUUUAUUAGAACAUUUCCAGAUACAGCAGAAAUGGGAUAUGAAGUUUUUUUAGAGUAUCUUGGAAGAUUUCAUAUCAAUCAACUUUCGGGUCAGUUAUAUUUUCUUUAUUCAUUCCUAAAUCAUAACUGUGAACCUAAUGUGCGAUAUGAUAUAAACAAUAAGCUUGAACUAAAAGUGUACGCAAGGAAAUUUAUAAAAAAAGACGAGGAAUUGGUUACAACUUAUGUUAAUCCUCUUCAUGGCGUCAGUUUGCGAAGAAGAGAACUGAGAGUUAAUUGGGGUUUUAUAUGUAAUUGUGAUCGCUGUGCAAAAGAAAUCGAAUUGAGAAAAAAAAAUGCAGUCUCGAUAAGAGAAACUGUUUUGAAUUCUAAUUCCAGCUCUGAAGUUAGUUUACGAUCUGGGCUGAACGUUACAUCCCCAAUUGCCCUUCAGAGAAGUAAUGGAGGAAGUAGUAGUGAUUUGCGCAGAAAGUCGUCUAUUAGAAAUCGAAAACCAGAUUUGAAGGAAAUGCUUAAGAAUAGUAAAGAAUUUGAACUUGAAGCCCCUGCAGCACUGGGUAGAAAUAGAUCUACAUCUGUUAGAUUUGAUGACAUUGUAUCCAUGGCAGUUGAAGAAUAA